ACCCAACGAGUGCCACGCCUUGACCGAUUGACCGACCGAUUCCCAUCCUCUCAGCUCGUCGAGAGCCGGCCCUCGGGAUGACCCUCUUAGUGGACAUCAACGAACUCUUCGCCGAUUCUAAUGCCUCGGACUACAGCGGCUUCCCCUCCAGCCUGGACGACCUCAUGUCCACCAUUGGGACAUCGGCCCCUUGCCAGCGCUCGUCCGGGGCGGCGUUGCAGCCCGCCCUGGCGGCCCUCUAUGGCCUGGUCUUCCUCCUCAACGUGGUGGGGAACUCAGUGGUGGUUCUGGUUGUCCACCACAACCGCCCGCACCGCACGGUGACGGACGUCUACCUGCUGAACCUGGCCGGGGCCGACCUGCUCUUCGCCCUGACCCUGCCCAUCUGGGCCGCCUACCAGGUGAUCGGCUGGCGCUUCGGCACAUUCCUCUGCAAGGUGGUGUCCGUCCUGCAGGACCUCAACUUCUACAGCGGCGUCCUGCUGCUGGCCUGCAUCAGCGUGGACCGCUACCUGGCCAUCGUGCACGCCACCCGGGCCCGAGCCGACCAGCGCCGCUGGGUCGUCUUCGUCUGCCUGGGCCUCUGGAUCCUGUCCUUCCUGCUGGCCCUGCCCGCCCUGGUCCUCCGGGAUGUCUUCAGCCCGCCCAAAUCCAACCCCGUCUGCUACGAGAACGUGGGCGCGGACACGGCCCGCUGGCGGGUGAUCCUGCGCUUGCUGCCGCAGACCUUCGGCUUCCUGCUGCCCCUCCUGGUUAUGCUCUUCUGCUACGGCAGCACCCUGGCCGUCCUGUUCCGGGCCCGCACGGGCCAGAAGCACCGGGCCAUGCACGUCGUCUUGGCCGUGGUGCUUGUCUUCCUGCUCUGCUGGCUGCCCUACAACAUCACCCUGGUGAUCGACUCCCUCAUGUGGGCCCAGGUGCUGACCGACAGCUGCGGCCUGCGGGACCACGUGGACCGUGCCCUGCUGGUCACCCAGAUCCUGGGCUACCUGCACAGCUGCCUCAACCCCAUCGUCUACGCCUUCGUGGGCCAGAAGUUCCGGCACAGCCUGCUGAGGAUCCUGGCCUCCCGCGGGCUGGUCAGUAGGGACUUCCUCGUCCGCCACCGGGUCCCAUCCUCCCACAGUUCAUCAUCGGCCAACGUGACCACCCUCUGACCACCCCUGGACACAGCUUCCCUGGUCUUCGCAUCCCUGGACCUCCCCCUGGUGUGGGAGGGAACUUAGGGUCCGAUCAGGGGCCA